UCAGGCGCCAACUCAGGGCGGAAGUGGGCGAGAGAUGCUCGUGUUGUUGACACAGAGUCGCGAUGGAAGCUAAAAUGACUUUUUAGCGUCUCGCCUCCCAUUCCGCGGCCCUUCUUUCCUCGCCGUUGUCGGCUCGGAGACUUAAUUUAGUUUGCUUCAUUUUUUUAAUUAACUCUAAACAAUUCAUUCAACCAACAUGAUUUGAUUGCGUGAUGACGUCACACGAACGGAUCUCACAAAUGCACGGGUUUGUUUUGGUGGGCAGCGAACACGAGUAGAUUUUUCCCGAACUCUCGCGAGAACUCAACGCGGGAGUCAUCAGGCGCCAACUCAGGGCGGAAGUGGGCGAGAGAUGCUCGUGUUGUUGACACAGAGUCGCGAUGGAAGCUAAAAUGACUUUUUAGCGUCUCGCCUCCCAUUCCGCGGCCCUUCUUUCCUCGCCGUUGUCGGCUCAGAGACUUCCAGCCGGCGAACCGCGUCGGUUGGCCCGCAUGCUUCUCGCCGGCCCGAGCUUUAUUGACGCAAGAAAAUGACCGGAGAGAAGCUGCGAUCCGCCCGGAAAGACCGCAGGCCGAGUCCGGACGAUGACUUGCUGGAGCCGGACGACGACGACGACGAGGCGGCGGCCGGCGCGAUGUUCGCCGCCCACAAGAGCAACAAGAGCCGGGCGAGUCGACUCUUCGGCAAGCACAAGUUGGUCAAGUCCGCCGACAACGCCAACACAUGCGGGCUGACCGCGGCUCAGGUCCUGGACGACGACAACAGAAACCCCGUGGUCGUUCCACGUGGACCCCACUUCCCCGUCCACGAGAGCGUGUUUCGGGGGGACGUCAGGCGCCUUUCCUCGCUCAUUCGGACACAGAACAUCGCCCAGAAAGACGUCCAUGGAAACACGCCGCUGCAUCUGGCUGUCAUGACGGGUCACAAAGAAUGUGCCCACCUGCUGCUGGCCCACAAUGCACCAGUGAAGGUGAAGAAUGCACAGGGAUGGAGCCCCCUGGCCGAGGCCAUCAGUUACGGGGACAGACAAAUGAUAACGGCGCUGCUGAGGAAGUUAAAGCAACAGUCCAGGGAGAGUGUGGAGGAGAAGAGGCCCAAGUUGCUAACUGCGCUCAAAGAGCUUGGAGACUUUUACUUGGAGCUUCACUGGGACUUCCAGAGUUGGGUGCCUCUACUCUCCAGAAUUCUGCCUUCUGAUGUGUGCAAGAUCUCCAAGCAGGGACUCAACAUCAGACUGGACACCACCCUGAUCGACUUCACUGAUAUGAAAUGUCAGCGAGGAGAUCUCACCUUCAUCUUCAACGGCAACGCCAGCACUUCAGAAUCCUUCGUGGUGAUGGACAACCUGCAGCAAGUCUUCCAGAAGAUUCAUCAGCAGGAGUGUGAGAUGGAGACGGAGGAGGAGGUGGACAUCCUGAUGAGCAGUGACGUCUACUCGGCCACAUUGUCCACCAAGUCCAUCACCUUCAGCAGAGCACAGAGUGGUUGGCUCUUCAGGGAGGACAAGACGGAGCGUGUGGGCCACUUCCUGGCAGACUUCUACAGCGUGAGCGGGCUGGUGCUGGAGUCCAGGAAGAGGCGGGAGCAUCUGAGUGAGGAGGACAUCUUGAGGAACAAAGCCAUCAUGGAGAGUCUCAGCAAAGGAGGGAACCUCAGCCAACAAAACCUGGAGCCUGUAAGAAGAACAUCUCUGACUCCACCUUCUGACAACUUUGUAACCUGGGAACAAUACAUCACUGCUGAAUAUGGAAGCCCCCCUCACCUGGGCAGAGAGCUGCUGUGCAAAGAAAGCAAGAAAAGCUUCAAGGCCUCAGUCGCCAUGAGUCAGGAUUUUCCUCUAAGUAUCGACUCGCUGCUGAAUGUUCUAGAAGUGAUCGCACCCUUCAAGCACUUCAACAAGCUGCGAGAGUUCGUACAAAUGAAACUUCCUCCUGGCUUUCCUGUCAAACUGGAUAUUCCCGUCUUCCCGACCAUCACGGCGACUGUCACCUUUCAGGAGUUCCGCUACCAGGCUUUCGAUGAGAACAUUUUCACGGUCCCUGGCGAGUACAAGGAGGACCCUAGUCGCUUCCCUGACCUUUGACCCCUCUGACCAGACCACACAGCAUGAAGGACUGUAGAAAAUUGACCUUUGACCCCUUUGACCACACCACACAGCAGGAAGGACUGUAGAAAAGUGACCUCUGACCCCACCACACAGCAUGAAGGACUGUAGAAAAUCGACCUUUGACCCCUCUGACCACACCACAGCAGGAAGGACUGUAGAAAAGUGACCUUUGACCCCUUUGACCACACCACACAGCAAGAAGGACUGUAGAAAAGUGACCUCACGCCAAACAGGUCACAAUCAUACUCUUUGGCAAAAUGACUUUGGUCUUCAGUCCUGGCAAACAAUUGUUACCCUCCUGUUUGGUCACCCUCCUAUUUGGUACCCUUUUGUUUGGUACCUCAUGUUUGGCACCCCUUUUUGUUUAGUGCCCUCCUGUUUGGCCCAUCAUGUUUGGUACCCUUUUGUUUGGUGCGCCUUUCUGUUUGGCGCCCACCUCUUUGGCCCUUUCCUGUUUUGGCACCCCUUUUGUUUGGCGCCCACCUGUUUGGUACCUCAAGUUUGGCAUCCUUUUGUUUAGUGCCAUCCUGUUUGGCGCCCAUCAUGUUUGGUAGCCCCUUUGUUUGGCGCCCACCUGUUUGGUACCCUUUUGUUUAGUGCCCUACUGUUUGGUACCUUCCUAUUUGGCCCAUCAUGUUUGGUACCACUUUUGUUUGACACCCUCCUGUUUAUUACCCCCUUUGUUUGGCGCACACCUCUUUGGCCCCUUCCUCUUUUGGUACCCCUUUUGUUUGGCGCCAACCUGUUUUUUUCCUUCCUGUUUGGUACCCCUUUUGUUUGCCACCCUCCUGUUUGGUACCCUUUUGUUUAGUGACCUACUGUUUGGUGCCCACCUGUUUGGUCCCCUUUUUGUUUGGUACGCCAUCCUAUUGGUACCACUUGUUUGGCCCAUAAUGUUUGGUACCCCUUUUGUUUGGUCCGCCCUCCUGUUUGGUACCCCUUUUGUUUGGCGCCCACCUGUUUGGUACCCCUUUUGUUUGCCACCCUCCUGUUUGGUACCCUUUUGUUUAUUGACCUACUGUUUGGUGCCCACCUGUUUGGCCCAUCAUGUUUGGUACCCCUUUUGUUUGGUGCACCCUCCUGUUUGGUACCCCUUUUGUUUGGUGUUCCCUCCUGUUUGGUACCCCUUUUGUUUGGUGUUCCCUCCUGUUUGGUACCCCUUUUGUUUGGUGUUCCCUCCUGUUUGGUACCCCUUUUGUUUGGCACCCACCUGUUUGAUACCCCUUUUGUUUGCCACCCUCCUGUUUGGUACCCUUUUGUUUAGUGACCUACUGUUUGGUGCCCACCUGUUUGGUACCCCUUUUGUUUGGUACGCCAUCCUAUUGGUACCACUUGUUUGGCCCAUAAUGUUUGGUACGCCAUCCUAUUGGUACCACCUGUUUGGCCCAUAAUGUUUGGUACCCCUUUUGUUUGGUGCGCCAUCCUGUUUGGUAACCCUUUUGUUUGGCGCCCACCUGUUUGAUACCCCUUAUGUUUUUGCGCCCACCUGUUUGGUACCCCUUAUGUUUGGCGCCCUCCUGUUUGGUAUCCCCUUUGUUUGGCACACACGUCUUUGGCUCCUUCCUGUUUUGGUACCCCUUUUGUUUGGCGCCCUCCUGUUUGGUACCCCUUUUUUUUGGCGCCUUCCUGUUUGGUACCCCGUUUGUUUGGCACACACGUCUUUGGCCCCUUCCUGUUUUGGUACCCCUUUUGUUUGGCGCCCUCCUGUUUGGUUCCCCUUUUUUUGGAGCCCACCUCUUUUGGUACGUCUUUUGUUUGCCGCCCACCUUUUUCCCCUUCCUGUUUUGGGACCCCUUCUGUUUGCCGCCCUCCUGUUUGGUAGCAAACUUGGAGAGUCGCGGUGCCAAAAAGUGCGUAAACACAUCAUGUUGUUAGAAAAAAAACUGAGUUGAUGUAAAAAGCCGCCAUGAGUUCAACUUGUUCAUAUUUUUAACAUUUAAACUUUCACGGACAUAAAAAGUUUAAAGUAAUUCCACUAACUUGCUAAUCUUCAAUGGAAACUUUUUGCUUUCAGUUUCUAACGCUGGACCUAAAAAUGGUCAAAGUUAGGUUGUAAAUGCUGCAGCUUCAUGACGUUGUAUCUUACGGCACAUUUUGUCAAAAAGUUUGCUGGAGAUGGAAAAGUUGUUUUUAUUGUUACGUUGGAGGAAACAAUUGAAGUCAAAAAAGUCACAAUGUAAAGAAAAAAGCUGGGCUUUUUUUUUUUUUUUAGCCUUUUUACAAACUUUUUGAAAUCUAAAAUAUUCCUUUUUUUUUUUUUUUUUAGUAUCCCGUCGUCAGAAAAGGUUUGUAAUAAAUACCACUUUUAAAAUGUUUACUUCUGCACAAAACUUGUACGUUGAUGUUUGCUCUGAUUGACUGGUCUCACUUGAACCUGCGUCAGGUUUUUAUUUGACCAAAUGAGCGUUUGAUGUAAACCUGCUGCAACUUGCUAUUUUUCUACAUAAACUCACUUUGUACGGAACAAGAUCUCUUCUGAUACCUGCUCUCUUUCUUCCUUCAGUGUUCCAUUCUUCUGGUACCUGCUCUCUUUCUUCCUUCAGUGUUCCAUUCAGCCUGCAGAUGUUCUCUGAUGAAAGAAUCAGGCUGCUAAUGACUUACAAAUAAGUGACAGUUAAGUUGCCAGAUGUACGAUAAGUGUCGGCGCUCGGAAUUUUCAAAGCGGGGUCCCAAGGACCCCAUCAAGUCAUAAAAAUGGGGUCCCACGGUUAUUUUUGUAAGCGUUUUGAAAGUAAAUGAUAAAUAUAUGCAUUAUACCAGUGGUCCCCAACCACCGGGCUGCGGCUCGAUUGGUAUCGGGCCACAAAAUAAUUUUUUAUUUGUAUUUUUUCUUAUUAAGUCAACAUAAAAAUUACAAGAUACACUUACAAUUAGUGCACCAACCCAAAAAACUCCCUUUUUCAUGACAACCCCCCCCCCCCCCCCCCCCAACAACCCCAUCCACCGGAGCCGCGGGACAAAUUAUCGAGCGUUGACUGGUCCGCAGCUACAAAAAGGUUGGGGACCACAGCAUUAUCUUGUUAUAUAUCUCACAUUCUAUAUUGUGUUUUGGAAAAAGGUUGUCAUAAACGUUGAAAAAAAUAACAAAAGGUUAGAUUGUCCGCCCUGAAGUGGGUAGGUUCCGAGUUCAAACCCCGGCCGAGUGAUAACAAGAACUAUAAAAAUGGGAGUCUUUACCUCCCUGCUUGGCACUCAGCAUCAAGGGUUGUAAUUGGGGGUUAAAUCAGCAAAAGUGACUCCCGGGCGCGGCCACCACUGCUGCUCACUGCUCCCCUCACCUCCCAGGGGGUGAACAAGGGUGAUGGAUAAUUUCACCACACCGAGUGUGUGUUUGACAAUCAUUACUACUUUAACUUUAAUACAAAAGAAAAGUUUUUUAAGCAUAUGUAAAUAAAAAAAAUUGUACUGGAACUUUAAUUACUUUGAAGUCGACGGAAAUUUGACUCAGCAAACAAAACAAAAAAAACGCAAAAAACGAUUUAAAAAAAAAAAAAAAAAGUAAACAGGAGUUUUGACCCGGAGAAGGCA